AUAUCAUAAAAACAAAUAUGGUGGCUUAUGAAAAUCUUUUAAGGUUUAUUUAAUUAUAUUAUGGGUGCACAAAUUUGGGAGAUAUUGAGACAGGGUAUCUGGGCAUCAUUGACAGGCGGAUUUUUUUACGAUCCUCACCAAAAUUUAUUUUCAAAUACAUUCCAUCUGUACCUUUGGCUUUUUCUGCUAUGUUUUCCUUUUACUUUGUAUUUGACUUUUGGUUCGAAUUACAUAGUCUGGAGUGUUUAUGCAAUCGUAAUCGCAACUCUAUUUACGAUUAUAAAGUUGAUAAAUUAUGCCCUGCAUAGAUUAUUUGAUAAUAAUGAGGUAAUAGCAGAAUCAAACUCUAGUCAAAAUGAUAAAGAAAGAGAAGAAGAGAGUAGUUUACCCAUCGAUAGCCAACAAGGAAUGGAACUCUCAAUUAUGUACAGUUCUGGAGAUGCCGCUGAAGCAAAACCUAUUGAAUGUAGCUCUAGAACUUCUCAAGCUGUACUCUUUGAUAAAUCAAAACCAGAGGAAAGCUUAGAAAAUGAUAUAAAUGAUGCAAAAUCAGCUCAAAAGAAGUCUAAAGGCAGGGAUGCACUUGGACGACCCCUAACAAUUAAUAUUCCAAAAGAGGAAGAAAUAGAAAAGUCAGUUGAAGACCGAUCCAAGAGAAGACACAGCUCUCCUGGUCAAAGACCACAAAAAUCCGAUCCACCAAGUCAUCGAGAUAGGGCUGGUACAGACGCCUGCCAAAGAGUUAGAAGAUCAAAAGCAUCAUUAAAUGCAGUUAGCCCUAAUACGCCAAUUUCUCCUCAUGGCUUAGAGAUGUUGAAGCUGGAACCUUUUCCCACUUCUGCAAACUCGUCUAUGUCUGUUGAGGAUGAAAGAACUUCAGGAAUUCCACCUAGAUCAGCACCCAGGCGAACAGGUUUUCGAAGUAGAUUUCCUCUGUUGAGAGAUCAUCCAUUAGCUACCUCUUUCUCAGAUAGUGAUGGGAAGCACCAAAAUGGCUCUUAUAGCCCCCGAAGUGCCGAAAGUUACAUGCCAAAAGAUCGAAAUGUUUUUCAUUUCCCUGAACAUGGAAAAAAGAGAAUAUGUAAUAUCCCAGUAGAAGAAGAAGAAGAUGAAGAAUAUGGUGAUAAAAACGACGGAAGAAUUUCCCAUUGGCAUAAUAUAGAUAAACCUAGCCAAAAGCUUAGCUUAAGGAAAGCAACUGCAGAAAUUCAUGCACCUCCAUCAUCCAUAACUCCGACAAAGUAUUUAGAGCCAAGUACAAGUAAAGCUCAUGACAUAAGAGCCACAAACAUAUCAACGGACGAAGAUUCAGAACUUAAGAAAAGGAGAAAGAGCGAUGGAGAUAACAAUCGAGGGCAACAUUCUGUAACACUAUCUAUGAGACGCCGUCGUAAAAAGCGUCGCUCCAAGUCCGAUCCAGAAAAGCGUUUUGAUUCAAGUCAAGACUCGUCCUUAUCAGAGUCCAGCUCUCUAUUAGGAGCCGUUGGAGGAUCCUCAAGAAAUGAUAGAGGCACUCAUCAAGCAUCGUCACACGACGAUACUUCCAUGGGUGCCAUUCAUUAUUUUCUUGAUGAAAAUGGAAUAUUACGUUAUUAUACUUUCGGCGACGUAAGCCAGCAAGCAAAAAGUGUUGGGGAACGAGAAGAGUCCGUAUCCGAAGUGGAAAGAGUUGGAUUGAGCAUGCCAAUGCCUAUAUCAAGGCCUUAUAUGACUUCAGAUACGUCAAACGUUGGGCAAAUAGUCCAAAGCUUCACAAGAAAUUUCAGCAGUGAUAGAAGGUUAAAUACAUCAGUACCUUGCUCUCCGUCAUCUUCAACCGUUGCAAAGCCUAAAUUCUAUUACAAGUUACGCGUUUUACCAUUUGUCAACAAAUUCAUAAAAAUAAGAUUCGAUAGACUAUCUCUAUUGGCUCUUUUGGACAAUGGAAAUUGGUUGGAAAAUUUGUGCAGUGUAUCAUUAGCUGUGCUGGUUGGAAUUUUAGGGAUUCUACUCUUGGAUCGUAAUUUCUUUAACGAAUUUUCAAUUUUUAUAUUAUGUUUCGUUUUCGCCGGCUGCCAAUACUCAUUAUUAAAGAGUGUUCAGCCAGAUGCUUCAUCACCAGUACAUGGUUAUAAUAGAAUUAUUGUUUAUAGUAGACCUUUUUAUUUUGCAAUUUGUUCUUCCUUACUAUUAAUACUUGACGAAGUGAAAAAAGGAAAAGGAGAAGGAGAUAAAAUAUCGUUAUACGGUGUUGACUUGUCAAAUGAAUAUACUGUUGAAUUGGCUAUGACAGUUUUAAAGAUAUUCAUAAUUUGCUUUCCCGUUAUAUUUACUAUAGGAUUAUUACCACAAGUAAAUACAUUCGCCAUUUAUCUCUUAGAGCAGAUUGAAAUUAACGUGUUCGGAGGAAAUGCAACAACUGGUAUUGUUUCUUCAAUAUUUACCGUAUUAAGAAGUUGUGUAACUGUAGCAUUUCUCUACGGAUUUUGUUACGGAGGCUUAAAAGAGGAAGAAAACUCUCAACACGCUCUAUUCUCCGUCUAUUGUGGCCUCUUAGUACCUGUUUGUUAUCAUUUAAGUAGAUGUAGUAGUGAUCCUUUAGUAAUAAUUAAAUUACUAAAAGACCUUUUAAAACGGAAAUCAUCGAAACGAUUAAACGAAUACAACGAAGCUUCAGAAUUGAUUAUAACCACCGUAAAAGCUGCUGUUAAAGAAAGACUAAACUCUGAUAUCAUUAUCUGUUCAAUAACUUCCAUAAUGGUUUUUGCUGUUCACGUUUCAACAGCAUUCAGUUCGCCCGCUUUGCAACCUCUUCUCUAUGAUAUAUUAGUUUAUAUUCUAUUAAUAUUUGGUUUAACGAAUCAUUACAUACUGCCAUGGUUGCGCCACGAAACUCCUUGGUUCUGCUUCUCAAGACCAUUAUUUGCGGCUCAUGAAAGAGAAAUGUACGAAGUUAAAGAAGCUGCUAAAGUUAUGAAAUAUGAAAAAUUUGGAAUAGCUUUAAAAUUUAUCGAAAGGAAUUUCUUAUGUCCAGCUUUAUUCCUAUGCACAAUUACAAAAUCGGCCAAAAGUAUGGUUGAAGAUGAAAAGUUCUCUCUACCGAUAAUUACCUUGAUAACAGUUGUUUGUAGUAUUAAAAUGGUACGGAGUGGUUUUGCCAGCACUCAAAAUCAAUAUACCACCGUCUUCUUAACCUAUUUGUUAUUUAAAUACGAUUUUAAAAAGUAUUCUGAGCAUUUCCUACUCGAUUAUUUCUUUAUAAGUAUACUUUAUUUAAGGUUUCAAGAUUUUCUUCUCAAGUUAAAUUUUGUUUUCACUUAUAUUGCACCUUGGCAAAUAACAUGGGGAAGCGCAUUUCAUGCCUUUGCACAGCCGUUUUCUGUUCCACAUUCAGCAAUGCUUUUUGUGCAAAUUUUAGUUUCAAGUUUUUUAAACGCUCCACUUAAUCCGAUCCUUGGAAGUGCAUUAUUUUUCACUUCUUAUAUAAGACCAAUAAAAUUUUGGGAGAAAAAUUAUAAAACUAAGAGAUUAGAUAAUACAAACACAAAAUUAUCAACUCAAUUAGACAGACAUCCUGGAACAGAUGGAGACGAUAAUCUCAAUUCUAUAUUCUACGAACACUUAACAAGAUCUUUACAAUAUUCACUUGCUGGCGAUUUGGCACUAGGACGGUGGGGAUGCGUUAAUCAAGGAGACAUAUUUAUUCUAGCAUCAGAAUACCUAAAUGCAUUGGUACAUAUUGUUGAACUGGGCAACGGUUUGGUAACUUUUCAGCUAAGAGGUUUAGAAUUUCGUGGGACUUAUUGCCAACAAAGAGAGGUAGAGGCUAUCACCGAAAGUUUUGAUGAGGACGAUGGUUGCUGCUGUUGUCAUCCAGGCCAUAUAAAACGCAUGCUGAGCGCUAAUGCAGCUUUCAACGCUCGUUGGUUGGCAUGGCAAGUCGUAGCAACUAAAUAUGUCUUGGAAAGUUAUAGCAUAACUGAUAAUAAUGCGGCCCUUAUGCUUCAAGUGAAUGACUUAAGAAGAGUGCUAAUUACAUAUUACGUUAAAGCAAUAGUCUUUUAUGCCAUAUCAUCUCCAAAAUUACCCGAAUGGCUUCAAAACGAGGAGAUAAUUAGAGGACUUGAACCUUUACAGCAGGAUGAUCAUGUUGACUUAGAUCCGGUUUUUUCUACAGAUGACGACUAUGAUUCUAGAGUGAACGGUAUUUCAAAGUCAAGCUUCUUGGCGGUUUACGCAGAAUGGAUAAGCUAUUGUGCGGGUGAAAGAACGGAAAAUGAUAACACUUUAACGAGUUUUUGUUACGGGCUAUCUUUAGUUGGUCGAAGGGCUCUUUCAGCCGCUUCGGCCUAUAGUCCCCAUUCACGCGCUACCCAAAAUUUACCUGUUGAUGCUUUCUUAAGAGGAUUACAUUCACUAUUUAAAGGAGAUUUUCGAAUUGCUUGCGAAAGAGAUGAAUGGAUAUUUUCGGACAUGGAAAUGGUUAGACGAGUUUUGGCACCGGCCAUACGAAUGGCUGUUAAAUUACACCAAGAUCAUUUUACAUCACCUGAAGAGUAUAACGACUGUCAAGCCUUGUACGAUGCUAUCCGUCAACACGAAGAAGUUAUGGUGAUCUCACACGAAGCAGAUCCAGCAUGGAGAAAAGCAGUUUUGAGUAAUACUCAAUCCCUACUAGCCCUUCGCCACGUACUGGAUGAUGGCGUCGAAAACUACAGAAUAAUUAUGUUAAAUAAAAGGCAUAUGUCUUUCCGACUAAUCAAGAUAAAUAGAGAAUGUGUUCGAGGUUUAUGGGCGGGACAACUACAUGAAUUGGUCUUCCUCAGAAAUAGAAAUCCUGAAAGAGGUAGCAUACAAAAUGCUAAACAAGCAUUGCGAAAUAUGAUCAACUCGUCUUGCGAUCAACCGAUCGGAUAUCCUAUUUAUGUUUCUCCUUUGACAACUAGCUAUUGUAAUACCCACUGUUUAUAUUCUAAGAACCUAUUGGGUAGAGAAUGGAGUCUGAAGGGCUUAACAGAAACUGUAAGAAGAUUUUGGAAUAAUAUGAGGACAAGGUGCGCCAAUUCAUGUAAUGAUAGUGUUUCUAUACAAAUGGCCUCGUUACCUCAAAAAUCUAUAAGUGGUGGUCUGUUCACAACAGAAGCUAGCGCAAAUAAUCGAGUAGUUCGAAUUGCCAAUACCAAAGCAGUUUUAGAAUCUCUUAAUUCUGGUAUAAAACGAGAUAUGUUUCCAAAUGAAGACUGGAGAAUAAAAGGUGGUAAAAGUGGUUGGAGUGGUUGGGUACCAGAAAGGGGAACAGAAGGUUUAGUCGUACACAGAUGGAUACCAUGCCACAGGGAACUCAAAAGAAGAUCUCAUAUAGAUAAGACUAUUCUAUUAUUAUCCGUAAGGGAUGGAGAGUACUUUGUACCAGUAUUAGAGAGUGGGGUUGUCGACCUCGCCCUAACAGUUUAAAACAGUUAAUGAAAACAUUUUGUUUUGUUUUUGUUUUCUUUGUUUUGUUCGUUCUUUCGUCAUUGCAAAAAAAAAAUAACGACUAUUUGCGCAAUUAAAAUCUGUAUGUAGAUAUUUAUACACAUAUUCUUAUAUGUGUUUAUGCAAAUAUCUUUUAUAGUUUUAAACAAUAGAAUUAUUCAGAUUAUCAUAUGUCGCAGAUAUACUGUAUAUAUAAUAUGUUUUAUAUUGCAUCUAAGAGAGAAAGAAAGUCAACCAGAAAUAUGGAAAGAGAAACUAUAAAGAUAGAGAAAAGACGCUAUAACAAAAAAAAAACAAAAGGAAAAAUAUUCUUCUAUUCAAUUCACUUGAAUGAAAUAUAUUUGUGAAAUUUUUUUAAACAAUUAAAGAUGAGAAAACAGUUUUUUCAUUGUUUUUUUUCUUUUAAAUUAUACUGAUAAUAAAUUCUUUUCUAACAAGGUAACUAUAUAUAAAUAGUUUUUAAAUAUUACGCAUUUUUGCGAAUAUUUGCUAUUUUUAAUGUCUUAUCUUGAGUUUUUGAA